AUGACCCUUUACGGGGUAAAGGUCCCUAACGACGGUAGCCAGUUAGAGCGCUGGGCUCGCCCCUCAUGGGUCAUGAUGAUGAUACCUAUACUAAGGGUCCAUAUUAAAAUAAAACAGAUCGGCAAACGAGCAGACGGAUUACCUGAUGGUAAGCAAUCAGCGCCGCCCAUGGACACCAAAGUAGUUACGAUUGACCAAAAGCUAAUAGAAAAAAAGCGUGAGGACACGCGCGAGAUGUGUAGGAUCUUCAAUUCUGAACCUGUGAAGUCCAUGGUGCUAGAUGAAGAACUACCAAUCACCAAUUUCGACCAAAAUGAACUACUAAUAGAAGAUGAAGUACAAGAACAGAACAUGAUUGGUAACAGAAGAAAGAGAGACACAAAAUCAAUAAACCCAGCCCUUAAAUUAAAAGAUGAAGAAAGAGUGGAAAAGAUUGUUGAUAAAAUAUAUGACGAUUUACUUGAAAAAGGACACAAGAUAGCGUAUAAGCGCAAAGUACUGCCAAUAAUUGAAGAAAAGAAUAUCAGUGUGGAAGCAAUCAAUAAAACUGGUAGGAGGUUUCCUUUUGCACCUCUCACAUUGGAGGGACCAACUACUCGGAAACCUAAAAAGAAUGUAACUUUUGAUGAUAAUAAUAAAGUACCUCGAUUCCGCCACGGCAUCAUUCCUUACUACAUUGAUUCUAAAACUUAUGACGUUCAGCUAUCUGAAAAAAUAAUGAAAGCAUUCGAUUACUUCGAGAGAGCGACCUGUAUUCGAUUGCAACGCCUUCGAGACAGACCCACAGACCAGCGAUCGCUGCAGGAAGUUGUAUGGCUGUAUAUAACCAAUCCAUCUGGAAUAAGGCAGUGUGUGCAUAGCAAUGAAAAGGCUGAGAUUAAAGGAGUACAGAUGAUUGUGUUUGGCUAUGACUGCAUGAGCCUUGGUGACAUAGCACAUGAGAUCAUGCACGUCCUCGGCUUCGCACACGAACAUACACGACCUGAUCGAGACCAGUACAUCACAAUACUAUGGGACAAUAUUAAACCAGGUUACAAAAAGUAUUUUGAAAUACAAAAUAUUCCAAAGGAAGAGGACGGUCUGCCUUACGACUACGCUAGUAUUCUUCACUACCCCCCGCGAGCAUUCUCCAAAAAUGGACAAGUCACUGUUUUAGCCGAACCCAACGUCAAAAUUGGACAACGCGAGGGACUAAGCGAGAUGGACGUUGAGAAAGUAAACAUGGUUUAUAGCAACGAAUGCCUCAAACGUAAUCGAGACUACCUACUGAAGACCUGUCCAAGUGUUGUAAAGAAUCAAAAUAGCAAACCAACUCCAGUAACACAGGAAUCUAUCGAAGCAUACUUCGAACAUAGACUUUGGCCUUAUGGAAUCGUCAACUAUGAAUUUAAAGACAAAAUGGAGUUUUCAUCCGAAGAAUUAGAAAAUAUUAAUGCGGUAAUACGUCAUUUAGAAAAAGAAACAUGUAUAGAGUUCAGAGACCUAAGUGUGAAAAUAGAGAAAAGGCCAAUGGAAAGUGAUGAACACAAAAAAAGUGAGGAAGAAGAUAAAUUUGAAGAGACAGAUAUUGCGAAAAACGACACCAAAACAGAAGUUGAAUCAACUGAUUUGGAUACUGAGAAAAUUGAUGAUAAACGGCUACUAACUAACUUCCUGGAUAUAGAGAACGGAGAUAAGCCACACCUAAAUAAUUUAGAAAAAGAUGUUAUCACGAUAGAGCAGAAAAAGGAUUAUUGGAAUGUAAAAUCAGCUUAUACUGGAUCAAAAUUUAAGGAAAUCAUGAGCAAAAACACUAAUGCAACGAAGAAUAUUUCAAAUACGAGAAGGAAGCGUGGGAUCCCAGUGUCACCUUCCAGAAGACACAUCAUUUACGUGGUGCAAUUCACCCGAUCUGCUUAUCCUGGAUGCAAAUGUCCUCAUCCAGGCAGACCAGAAGGAAAAUAUGUGAUUAGCAUAAACGCAGACUGCUUCAAUUCAGUGAAUGACCUGCUGCACUUGUUCGUGCAUAUCCUGGGUCUGGAUCACCAGCACAACAUGCACGACAGAGACUCCUACCUACAUAUCGUCUGGGACCAGCUUACUGAUGAUGUGAAACAAGAGUUGAGUACGAAGCUUUCUCCAGCUGCCUCCGUGGGCUUCCCCUAUGACUAUCAGAGCGUAAUGCACUACCCCUGGUUGCAGAUCAAGAAUGGAAAAACUAACAUCAUGUAUCCUAUAUGGAACGAUGGCUGGUCUAUGGGCCAUUGGCAAGGUCUGAGCUCAACAGACGUACAAAAAUUAAAUCUUCUCUACUUCAAACAAUGCAUGGAAAGGGGACAACACGCUUUAAAAACUGAAAAUCAACGUAACAAGAAAAAAAAUAAGUAA